AAACCCUUAACCCCUUUUAUAAAAUUGCUCAUUUGCAACCUCUGAUAACUAAAAAUGGCUACCACCACCACCACUCUCCAUACCUACAAAGUCCACCACGCUCGAGCCACCACUAACAAACUUCACUUCCUCCUCCACUUCACCGCCGUACUAUCCCUCCUCUACUACCGAAUCUCCCACCUCUUUAACGGCGGCGUACCCUCACUCCCAUGGUGUCUUCUCACCACCGCCGAGCUCAUCUUCACCUUCCUCUGGUUCCUCUCCCAGGCAUUCCGGUGGGGACCUCUCACUCGCACCGCCUAUCCGGAAAAGCUCUCGGGCAACUCAGAAUUGCCCGGGGUGGACGUGUUCAUCUGCACCGCCGAUCCUAAGAAGGAGCCGACAGUGGAGGUGAUGAACACGGUGUUGUCGGCCAUGGCGCUCGACUAUCCGCCGGAGAAGCUGGCAGUGUAUUUGUCAGACGACGGUGGUUCGCCGUUGACGUUGUAUGCGAUGAAGGCGGCGCGUGAGUUUGCGAGGUGUUGGAUUCCGUUUUGUAGGAAGUAUGGGAUUAAGAGCAGAUGUCCUGACGCGUAUUUUUCGGCUUUUGGAGAUGAGGAACGUGUUCUGAGGAGUGAUGAGUUUAGGGCUGAGGAAGAACAUAUCAAGUCAGCAUACGAAUUGUUCAAGAAAAAUGUGGAGAAAGCUAAUGGACGUGAUGGAAUCGACGAUUCUGUUGUAAAUGAUCGACCUCCUUGUGUUGAGGUUAUAAUUGAUAACACAGAGGAUGGAGUGAAAAACAAUUACCAAACUAAGAUGCCUCUUCUUGUCUACGUAGCUCGUGAGAAAAGACCAUCUCACCCUCAUCGUUUCAAAGCUGGAGCCCUCAAUGCACUCCUUCGAGUUUCUGGGAUAAUGAGCAAUGGCCCUUAUGUAUUAGUAUUGGAUUGUGACAUGUACUGCAAUGACCCAACCUCAGCUCGACAAUCAAUGUGCUUCCAUCUUGAUCCCCAAAUGUCUCGCUCUCUUGCCUUUGUGCAAUAUCCUCAAGUUUUCCACAAUGUUAGCAAGAAUGACAUAUACGAUGGCCAAGCAAGAUCAGCUUACAUGACACUGUGGCAAGGCAUGGAUGGGCUACGAGGCCCUGUGUUCACUGGUACAGGAUAUUAUUUAAAGAGAAAGGCAUUAUAUCAGAGUCCUAACCAAGAUGAUGCAAUUCUUCAAGAACCAAAAAAAAGUUUUGGUUUGUCUAGCGAGUUCAUUGCUUCACUAAACACUUGCAAGGUACAAGACACCAAUGCUAAGGGAGGUAUAUCAGAUGCAAUCUUAGAAGAAGCUAGAAAUUUGGCAACUUGUACCUUUGAGAAAGGCACAAAAUGGGGCCAAGAGAUAGGUUACUCUUAUGAUUCUUUGCUGGAGAGUACAUUCACGGGGUAUCUUUUGCACUGCAAAGGGUGGAGGUCAGUCUAUCUAUAUCCAAAAAGGCCGUGUUUCUUGGGUUGUGCUACUGUUGACAUGAAGGACGCAUCGGUUCAACAAAUGAAAUGGAGCUCUGGAUUGCUUCAAAUCGCUCUCUCAAGGUUCAGUCCAAUCACAUAUGGUAUGUCGAGGAUGUCCAUCCUGCAGAGCAUGUGCUAUGGAACCUUCACAUUUUCACCCCUUUACACAAUUGCUUUCUUGUUAUAUGGCACCAUACCUCAGUUGUGCCUUUUGACUGGCAUUCCUCUGUACCCCAAGGUUUCCAACCCAUGGUUUGCAGUGUUUGCAAGUCUAUAUGUAUCCUCCAUUUGUCAGCAUUUAUAUGAAGUCCUCUCUAGUGGCGGCUCGGUUAGGACAUGGUGGAAUGAACACAGAAUUUGGAUGAUUCAAUCGGUCACAGGAAUCUUGUUUGGAUGUCUAGAUGUUAUAUCAAAGUGGUUAGGCAUCACGAAAGCGAAUUUCAGGUUGACAAACAAAGCCAUCGACAAAGAAAAGCUCAAAAAAUAUGAGAAAGGCAAAUUCGACUUCCAAGGGGCCGAGAUGUUCAUGGUGCCCUUGACCAUAUUGGUCCUAUGGAACGUAGUUUGCUUUAUUGGGGGAGUGAAAAUGUUGGUUUUUGAGAGAAAUUUUGAAGAGAUGUUUGUACAAGUUUUCAUGUCCUCUAUGAUUUUGGUUCUUGGGUAUCCUGUGCUUGAAGGGUUGGUACAAAGGAAAGGCAGGUGAAGCUUUGAGGUCUUGGCAUUGUCUGCUUUGGAGUUUUAAAAAUCACCUCUAUGUUUCUCUAUUAUACGAGGAGUUGACUCUAUUUGCCUUGUCUUGUUCACAUUUAAUAUUUUCAUUGAGAAAAAGGCCUGUGAAGCUUCGAGGUCUUGACAUUGUUCGACUCUUUUUGUGUUCUUGUUCAGAAUUAUUAUUUUCAUUGAGAAAUAGACCUGUGAAGUGAAGCUUUGAGA